AUGAAGAGGCCACCAGGCUGCAGCAAGGAAGGAGGAGGUCUGGGCUCUGCCACAGCCUCCCUGGGUGCCCCUGGCCUGGCCUGUUCCCAGGAGCUGGGUGAGCACAGGGACAAGAGCACAGCCCCAGCCCCCUUGCAAGAGCUCCUGGCUGUGGGCCCGACUGGCUCGGACCGGGGCUGGUGGGGCAAGUCCGGGGGAGUCCAGGGCCGGGUGCUGGGACCCGGAGCUGAGUGCCAUGGCAGGGAGGAGACCCCAAGCAGGCUCGUGGCACACCCGUGGGGCUCCCGCGUGCCCGGGCUGGGACAGGGCAGAUGCCUUGUGGCCAUAAAUCUCCAGGGCUGCUGGUCGCCUUCCCUUGUGCUGCCCCGGGAAGCCAGCGUGGGCCAAACUGAGCCACGUGCAGGAGGCACCUGCACCGGAGCCAGGGGGUGGCCGGGGACACGGAGCUGGGAGGUCCUGGCUGCCGGACUCGGGUGCUGCGUGUCGGGGGCACCGUCGCCACCAGUCAGGCCUCCCCAGUCUCCCCCCAGCUCUCAGCAGCUGACCAGGCCUUCGGUGGAGCUCCUCUCCCCUGCCCGGCCCCCUUCGGCCAGCCCUCCCCCGGCUGGGCUGGGCUGGGCUGGUGCUCUGCACAGCCCACACCUGCCCAGGGACCAGGCACGAGGCGCUGGCUCCAGCUCCGCGACGCAGGGAGGCACCGGGACCAGUGAGCCUGAGGGGACCCCGCGCCGCGGCUGCUCCAUGCUGCUCCAGGAUGGCGCCUGGCCCAACAGCACCGUGCCGGCGGGCGAGGAGCGGUCUCCCUGUGUGGUGGGCAUCGUCCCCAUCGUGUACUACAGCGUCCUGCUGGCCCUGGGGCUGCCAGCCAACGUCCUGACGGCAGCUGCCCUGUCCCGCCUGGCCGCCCACACCAAGAAGUCGUCGUACUGGCACCUGCUGGCGCUGACGGCCUCGGACAUCCUGGCCCAGGUGCUCAUCGUCUUUGUGGGCUUCAUCCUGCAGACGGGCAUCCUGGGCCGGGCGGUGCCAGCGGCCGCGGUGCACGCCGUCACUGCGCUGGAGUUCGCGGCCAGCCACGCCUCCGUGUGGGUGGCCGUGCUGCUGGCCGUAGACCGCUACGUGGCCCUGUGCCACCCGCUGCGCCACCGCGCCCUGUGCCACCCUGCCCGCAGCCGCCGCCUCAUCGCCGCCGUCUUCACCGUGGCGCUGGCCACCGGCGCCCCCUUCUACUGGUGGCUGGACGUGUGGCGCGACGCCGACCCUCCCACUGCCCUGGACCGGGCCCUCAAGUGGCUGCACUGCGUGGCCAUUUACUUCCUGCCAUGCGGCAUCUUCCUGGCCACCAACUCAGCCAUCGCGUGCCGGCUUCGGCGGGCGCCGGGGCCACGCCGGGGCCGGGACCGGGCCGGUGCCCUCCUGCUGGCGGUCACCAGCGUCUUCGCCUUGCUAUGGGCGCCACGCACAGCCGUCAUGCUGUGCCACCUCUACGUGGCCUCGGUGCGCCGCGACUGGCGGGUGCACCUGGCGCUGGACGUGGCCAACAUGGUGGCCCUGCUCAACACGGCCCUCAACGGCCUGCUCUACUGCUGCGUCAGCCGCACUUUCCGCCGCGCCGUGGCCGAGGUGCUGCGCUCCUCCUGGCCCCUCCGUGCCGCCGGCCAUGCGUCCCGGCAGCCGGCCCGGCAGGGGGGCUCCCCGCCGCCCCCCGCACUCAAGGCGCUGGGGUUGCUGCGUGGCACGCCCCUAUGAGGCCGCAGCCAGACCACAGCCACGGCCGGGGGCCGCCGGGGGCAGCGUGGACUGUGCGUGGCAG